AUGAACAGAAACCAAAAUCCAGCAGCACGACUGGAAAAUGGCACCAUCCAUGUGAAGCCUGUCACAAAUCCAGCAGACUUCGACCGCUUCUUCGAGAUCUGCGCCCUCGCCUUCGGUCAUCAGGUUCACGACGGAGUCUGGUGCGCUAUGAACCCUGGGUGGGUCACGCCGCAGGGAUGCAUGGAAGCAAGCGCACGUCUCGCUGCCCGCAUGUCCGCAAUAACUAAAGACAGAAACGGCAACCCCAACACUAUUUUUCUCAAGGCCGUUCUCAAGCAGGAUUCGGAAGUUGAGGAUCAAAUGGUUGGUGUAGCAAUUUGGAAUCAGGCUUCGAUGGUUAGUGGGUAUGGUGAGACACCAGCGGCAGAUAUUGAGAGUUCGGUAGAUUUGGAAAGCCUUUACCCCGGCAACCCCCGCGAACAGCGCUAUCUCCAACAAGUUGACCGCUCACUGCGCCGGCGGCGUCUAGAAGUGAUUGAGGAAAUCGCGACAAGUUCUUCCCCAGCGGUGAUGGUAUUGGAGUUAUGUGUUGUUGAUCCAUCAUUCCAGAGGCUUGGGAUUGCGAGUCGGCUGGUGGAAUGGGGACUCCGUGAGGCAAAAAAACGUGGCUCUUUGGAAGCUGUGCUGGAAGGCUCAACCAUGGGUCGGCAUGUAUAUAAGAAGCUCGGUUUUCACCAGGAGGGAGAAGAGUUCCAGUAUGAAGUGGAUGAGGAAUUUUGGGACCGUGACCAGCCAUCGAAUAUUUUCAUGCGGACUGGUAGACCGACAGUAUAA